AUGUCAGACGAACACCACAAGUCUGAACUAAUCUCACUCGUUGAAGAACUAAUGGCAGAUAUUGAUUCCAAACCAUUACAUCCAAAAAAUAAAAUCCUUCUUUACAGUCGAUAUCUUCUGUCCAAAUUAUCCUGGCAUUUUACAGUUUCUAGCGUAUCGAAAACGUGGGUCACCGAAAACAGUUAUAUCCGUAAAUGGCUUGAUAUACCUAUAUCUGGAACGCUAAGCACUGUUUUCCUAACCCGCAACAAGUUUGGCCUCAGUAUUUGUCCCCCAUCUGUCAAAUGUAUUCAAUGUCAAACUGUUCUCCGUAAAGCCCUAAAAACAUCCCCAAACGAAGCAAUUAACGAUCUUUGGAAAGCAACUAGCAACAGCAAAAAUAUUCAGUAUGACGUAUAUAACUCCACUAAGCAAGUUCUUAAGGACUUUCGCUCUGGACAAGAGGAUAAACUGCAUACUCAAUUAACCUGUCAAGGCUCUUUCUUCACUAAUAUAACAAAGUUCUCACUGUCCCAACUCACUAAAAUUUGGUCUGCGUGCCAAUCGAACCUUCCGAAAAAUAUAUUCAACUUUACA